UGUUACAUAGGAAGACCUGCUAGAUACUAUAAUUUUUCUAAGCCUCAGCCGUAUUCCUUAUCCAGGUUGACAGGUUGCAAUCACGGGACUCCAUGGCUUCCGAGUUGAAGUGGGUUGAAGGAAUUAGCAUUGGCAGUGUCAUCGAGGGAAAAAUUCAGGAGGUAAAGGAUGUUGGAGUUGUUGUCAGCUUUGAGAAGUAUGUGGACGUUUUUGGUUUCAUUACCCGCUAUCAAUUAGGGGGAACCACUGUGGAAACAGGCUCACUAGUUCAAGCCGUAGUUCUUGAUGUUGCCGUGGCAGAACGCCUAGUUGAUUUAUCUCUAAAGCCAGAAUUUUUUGGUGAAUCCAGAGGAAGAAGUUUAAAAAGCCAAUCUCAUAAGAAACGCAGAAAAGAACCAUCCAUGGACUUGGAAAUGCAUCAAACAGUAACUGCAAUUGUGGAAAUAGUGAAAGAGAAUUACUUGGUCCUUUCAGUACCAGAAUGUGAUCAUGCCGUAGGAUAUGCAUCGUUAUCUGAUUAUAACAGUCAAAAGUUCCCUCAGAAACAAUUUCUGAUUGGACAAAGUGUCAUUGCCACUGUUAUGGCUCGUCCAAGCCCUUCAACGUUUGGGAGGUUGCCUUUGUUUCUUAAUAAGAUGAGUCAGGCCAGUGAAACAUCUUGGUCAAAAAGAGCCAGAAAGAAGUCUAGCUUUAAAGUCGGAUCACUGGUUCAUGCGGAGAUUACUGAAAUUAAGCCUCUUGGACUAAGAUUAAAAUUUGGAAUCGGGUUUCAUGGAAGAGUUCAUAUAACAGAGAUCAAUGAUGUUAGAAAAAGUCUACUCAACCUCCGGUUCUGAAACCGCACGCCACACUCCUGACGUGGCCGAACCCGGUUCGACUCUAUCCUUCUCCACGUCACAGUUUACCCACGAACUGCCUCUCGAGUUCCUCUUCUCUCUCAGUCCUCUCACCGAGUUGUCCCUCAGUCCUCUCUCACCCUCAGUUUUCCAGAGACCUCUCACUCUCGCUCGUUCGCACUCAAACAGACCUCUCACCCUCGCUCGUUCGCACUCAAACCGUUCAACUCUCCCUCUUGAACCUCAGUCACUUCUACCAAACGCCUUCUUUCUCACCCCAACGCCCUCACCCCAUUCAGUCCCGAAUCCUAGAAAAAUUCUUCAUCCUCUCACUCGACAGUACUCUCCGUCUGGAUUUGCUGGAAGACUAAGUCGAAACCAUUCUCUCCCUCCUCUCACUCGACGUAGUACUCGACAGUCUGGACACAACAGGAUUGUGGGGUUGGAUAAAAGCAGCAAACAGAUCCUGUUGAAAUCAGGAUUGUGGGGUUGGAUCUUUAAAUUUCGGUAAUUUUAAGUCGACUUAGUUUUAUCUAGAGAUUGAGGUGAUGGUUAGCUUCAUAUAAUUUUUUUGGGAAUUGUCUCAAGUACUAUGCCUUGUUCUGUUUUGAAAGGCAAAAACUUUUAAUAGGGAUCGGAGAUAGUACUAUGCCCAGAUGUUAGCAUUCAAACUGCUUUUGCUUGUUAGCAUUUUAGCAUUCAUUUUAUAUGGUUGUAGAUAGAUUUUUACUUGGUUUGGAGAAAAAAAAUAAUGUUGAAUUGAUGUGAACAAUAGAUUACUUGGUUUGGAGAAAAAAAAUAGUGUCAAAUUGAUGUGAACAAUCUAAGUUGCACUCAGAUUUUAUAUGAUGUUUGAUAUUCUGGUCCUACUAUCUAAUAAUUCUGAUAAUGAAGCGUGUGGGUAUUAAUUCAACUGUUACACUUAAAGUAUUUUUACGUCAAUCAUCACGUAGAUCAACUAUGGUAUCGAGUCAAUCAUCAUCAUGUGUAGUUAAUGAUAUUGAAAUGGAAUCACCGAGUUGUUGGUGUGGUUUGAAAGCGCCAUUAAGGAUCUCCCACACCCACAAAAAUCCUGGAAGGAAAUUUUAUGUUUGUCCGAAUUAUGGAACGGUAAUUCAAUUGCCAACUUUUGUAUUGCUUUAAUGCAUGUACAAAAUUAUUUAUACAUGAAGAUUGAAAUUCUUGAAUUGUACACAGGAAGAAACAAGAUGUCAAUUCUUCAUUUGGAUAGAUAUACUUCAAUCAGUAGUAUCUGAGAAAAACCUGAUGAGAGAGAAUGAAAUUCAGAAGAGGGAAGAUGCUUUAUUGUUGCGUAAGCAUGAAGUUCGAAAAGAAAAGGACAAACUAAUAGAGAGAGAGAGAGAAAAUGUUGAAGAAGCAAGAGAACGAACUUCGAAGAAGGCUAGUAGAGAAUAGGGUUGUACGAAUUUUGUUGUGUCUAUAUUGGAUUGUAUCUCUUGUAAUAGUUUUUGGUUAGUUCUGAAUGUAGAUGUAUCAUGUUAGUUUUAAAUGUAAAUAGAAUGAUCGGAUCCUAACAAGUGUAUGAUAUAUUAUCUAUGAAGUCUAAUUAUGACAGCUUAGUGCUCUUCAUGCCCCAUAUAUGUUGUCUCAUAUAUGUGCUCAUAUUGAUAUUAUGUAACUCAAUGGAGAUUUUGCAAAGUCAUAGAGAUGGUGAAGACAUGUGGAGAUGCAAUUGAUGUUGCUUGUGUAGAUUCUAGGCUAGGAGUUUGGCCGUUGGUGUGGAAACACUUGUUUCUUUGUAGGGAUGUUAUUAUCAUUUUUCUACAUUUGGUUGAUGUGGUCAGCAUCUUCUAGUUGCAGUCAGUGUGGUUUCACAUUUUAGAUGUAAUAUUUAUUUAGUGUUAUCCUU